AUGUCUCUUUUUCAGCCUCCACCAAAGCCCAACUCCCCAAUGGGCUAUCACCGUGUUCUCUCCCCAAAUGCGGCAGUCAAGGUCUCUCCCAUAUGUCUUGGUGGAAUCAGCAUCGGCAACAGUUGGGCCGAGUACACGGGCAAAAACCAAGACCCCUUCGAGUUACUCGACGCAUUUUUCAAGAUCGGAGGCAACUUUAUCGACACCUCCAACGUCUACAAUUCCGAGGACUCGGAGAAGCUCAUUGGGCAGUGGAUGGAAGAGCGCGGAACCAGGGAUCAAAUGGUCAUUGCUACAAAGUACAGUGCUCACUAUCGCGCCCACGAUAGGGAGAAUACGCCUCUCCAGACCAACUUUCUUGGAAACUCUGUCAAGAGCAUGCACGUAUCAGUUCGGUGCAGCUUGGAAAAGCUAAGGACCGACUACAUUGAUAUUCUGUACGUGCACUGGUGGGACUUUACAACCUCGGUCGAGGAGGUCAUGAGGGGACUGCAUGCCCAUGUCAUGGCCAAGGAGGUGCUCUACUUGGGCAUCUCAGACACCCCAGCUUGGAUAGUUGUCAAGGCAAACGCCUACGCAAGACAACACGGGCUCACUCCAUUCUCUGUAUAUCAGGGCAAAUGGAAUGCUUCAUGCCGUGACAUGGAAGGUGAGAUCAUUCCCAUGUGCGAAGACCAGGGAAUGGCGAUAGUUCCUUGGUCUGCACUGGGCAGCGGUCAACUGCUUUCUGCAGAACAGAGGCAAGAAAGAGCAAACGAUCCGGAUGCUCUCCAAGCGACCCCAAGUCAGAGAGAUCUUGCGGUGUCUGAAGCACUGGAAAAGAUUGCAAGUGCAAAGGGAACGUCGUUUCAGGCAAUAGCACUUUCUUAUUUGUUCCAUCAGUCGACUUAUGUGUUUCCGAUUGUCGGCGUAAACACUGUCGCCCAUGUCAACGCCAUGUCCGAUGCGUUGCGUGUGGAGCUCUCCAGGGAGGAUAUUGACGCCAUCCAUGAAGCAGCGCCAUAUGAUCCAGGGUUUCCAAUGAGCUUUUAUUUCUCGUGGACAAAGCCCCAAAAGUAUGAUCUUUCUCUCACGGCCGCCAAUCAUAAUCAGAUUCAGAUGGGGGCUUGGAUCGAUGUUCCGCCAAAGCAACUGGUGAGUACCUACCCUACAAUAACCGUCGACGAACUGAAGCUCACCAUUGGCAGCCUUACCGGCCCAGACCUAGUUAGAUAA